ACAUUUCUUCUGAAUGUGCAGAACAUUGGCCUUCUCUGUAAAGAAGAGGCAACAUUGAGGGACGGACCACAAUUAUUGAGAUCUCUUCAACUCAGUUCUCAGCAUCCCCUGGGACUUCUUAACAACUAAGAACCUUGGCUAUUUGCUCAUAACACUGCCUCUUUGACUAUAGAAGAAAUUCAUUGUCUAUCCUUUGAUCUCCAGUACUGUUACUCAAUUCUCCUCAGUCCAACCUGAUUCCAAGAGAUAUAAUGGAGGAGUGCACAGAAUCAUCAUCUACCUUGCAGGUAGAGCCUUCCUUUCCUCAGGCAGAAAAUCUGAAUCUGCAAUCACAAAUGCAGCAUCUGGCAAAGGAGAACCUUGCUCUUAGAGGCCAAGGCACACCUACCUUGGCCUCAGCCAUGAUGCCUGUACCUUGCUCACUUGAACACUUUGACCAGUUUCAUGAUGACCCUGCCAGUCUCUCAGGAUUUCUUGCUCAAGUGACUACCUACUUGACAGCUCUCAAGAGGAACAAUCCUACUGAUGGUGACAAGGUCAAACUCUUUUUCGACUACAUAUCUCAGCAGAUGAAAAGCUAUAGGGUCACAUCUGGGCCCAACGAAAAUACUAUGCUGAAACAAUAUGAGAACUUUGUUCUUGAGUUCCAGCGGUCAUUUGGUGAAGCCACAAAACAGGAAAUGAAUCCUCUGAUCAAUGCUCAAGUUGUCAAAGGGAAUACCUCUUCUGAUCAAGACACUACUAUUUUACAGCUCCUGACCCCACAUCUGAGCUGUAAUGAAAUCAAUAAGAAUGAUCUAUUCCAAGAGGGACUAUCUGAUCCCAUGCUGGAUGAAGAAAGUGUUACAGAUAUGGACAACCUUCCAGACCUUAUCACUCAGUGCAUUCAGUUGGAAAAGAAACGUAAUGACAGACCAGAGCUCCUACAGUCAGAGACCCAGCUCCCAGUAUUGGCUUCUUUGAUCCACCACCAAGCCCUCUCUAGCUCCAUAGGUCUACCACCAAAAGAAGAGCCUACACAGUUGCGAGGAGGCCAGCUGCCUCUCACCCCAGCCAAACGUGCCCGCCAGCAAGAAACUCAGUUGUGUCUCUACUGUAGCCAAUCUGGUCAUUUCGCAAGAGAUUGCCUUGCCAAACGUUCUCGAGCCCCAGCAAGGACAAAUAACUCACCUUACCAGUAAGAAGAGCCCAGGAAGAUCACUUUGCAAACUUCAUGUCCCUCUCACCCCCAGCCUUACUGACUUAUAUCCUGCAUUAACUUUUAAAAUACAAAUUAGGAUCUGUGAUAUCACUUUACAGCUAUGAACUUGCGCUUCUGAGAAUUUAAACAACCAGAUCUUGUUCAUUAGAAAGUGACCCUUCACCAAACCUGACCCAACAAGGAUGGAAGCAAUUCACAGGACUUUUUGGCAGUUGGGAUGAGUUCCCCAAGAGUACUAAAAGCCUAUGGGCAAAAUUCUGUCCAGUCUGAGUCAUUGAGAAUAACCUUAGCAGUGCAUUGGGAAACGAAUACCCACCACUGGGUGAGAUAUGGUUAUUUGCUAAUCUAAGUCCUGUAUCUUGUUUGCCUAGAAUUCAGCCCAAGCAUUUUACCCUCACCCUUAUUUCUCUACAUUCUAGUUCUCUUUUAGUUUAGGACCUUUGGCUAAAGUUCUAAUUACAUUCCCAUAUUCUGCUGAUAUUCUUCUCCUAGAGGCUAGAUCCUGCUCUAUUAAUUAUGAUCAGUUUCAACACAAAUUAACCUUCCUGGAACCACAGCAUUUCCACCCUUCCUUAAUGAUAUGCGUUUUCUUGCCAUGUAAAGGUUCCUACUUGCCCAACAAAUAGAACCUCUUGAUUAUUGACAAAUCAGAUUAUAUGGCCAUUUAAACAUUCUGUUUGGAACUGGUGUUCCACUUAUUUGAGGGACAGCACUUCUUACCAGAACAUACAUUUAGCCAAACAUUACCAAUCACAGCUUACUUCCCUGAGAACCCUACCUGAGCUCCCAGCAUAUCUUAUGGCCAAGUCAAAAUGGUCUGGAAUAAUGAUGACCUCUGAAAGUAUUAGUGAAAGUUGGGGGAGAUGUCUCAUCAUCAAUUCCUAUGUCUACAGUGUGCCCUUGCUGCCUUGGACAGGAAACUUGGUCAAAUGAAUCGCCACUAAUACAUAAGAAAUCCCAUGGUAGUUCUUUUCUCUAGGGGACUCAAUAUGGCCACCAUCUAGCAUCACUGCACAUUGCUAUUGAUCUGUACCCUUAUGAACCACUCUAGGAUUCUUACCUAUUUUGAGGAUAUUGAAAAGCAAAGAAUGACAGACAGCUGCUGAAUCAUCUCAUCUGAAAAAUCUUGGGGAACUUAUAGUAAUACUAGUCUGUCUGCAAAAUUCAAGAAAUGGUGGUUUCAUUGUGUUGGCAUUCUUGAUACGCAUCAACUCUAUGUGUAGAUCCCUGAUGUUUCUGGACAAAAAUAGUGGUAUGCUGAAGAGGCACAAUUCUAAGAUGUUAAGGAUAUCCAGUUAUGAUCAGUGGCUUCU